AUGGACAGCAAACGCAAAGCAAACGGUGCCGCAUCGGUCGAUACCGAUGAUAGAGGUUCUAAGCGUCGCAGACUUACUGGCGAUUUCGAUCUUUCAAAAGGCGAAACCAGAGAAUCAACGACUGCCUAUGGCGUGUCUUUCCUGGAACAAGUGCGAAGAACUGCUGAUAAAAGUGGACGUCUAAUUGCAUCAAAUUUCGAGGAGCUUCCAUCCCGUGGAGAAGACGCGGACUAUUACAAGAAGACACGCAUGCCCAUUUCAUUAUCGACAAUCGAAAAGAAGUUGAACAAUGGCGAAUUUAAAAAUCUAUCCGAAGUCGAGGGUUAUUUCAAACGAAUGAUCAGCAACGCCAAGGAAUAUUUCCCCCGAUCAACCGAACAGUACGAUGAUGCGGAACGAAUCAGGAAGGCUCUCAGCAAUUUUAUGACCAAGACGAAUCCGGCAUAUCAUGUUCGUGGUUAUCAAGCGUUGCCAGCUCCUUUCCCGGAUUCAGAUGGCGCAGAAGGUGACGAGGACAAUGAGGACGAAGAAGACGAGAAUAACGAGGAACCUGAAGAAGAUAAGGAAGACGAAAAUGAAGACGAUGAGGAGGAUGAAGAAGAGGAAGAGGAGGAGGAACCAAGCUCUCGCAGGCGAACAAUCACACUCAAGCGGAGAGGGCCUGGCCGUCCUCCAGCGAGCACACCAAGAAGAGCAUCAACAAGAGGCAGGGAUGCCCCAAAGACACCAGCCCCCACAACCAAGCCAGACCACCAGUAUGAGAACGUACCGUAUAAGGGAUUAUCCUUUCAGGGCGCGCAAGAAAAGAUCAUGGAGGAGCUCAUUCGACGUGAGGAUCCUGGGUACGAAGGCUCUUAUUUCGAAGCCUUUAUCAACCUACCGCCCCGUUCUCUGAAAGAAUACUUCAAAGUUAUCAGCGAACCCAUUUCGAUCAGAAAGCUGCAGAAGAUGGUCAAGGGAGUGCAUGCGCGAGGUGAAACCACUGGUAGCAGCGAUUUCAAGUCUUGGGCUGCUUUUGAAGAGAAGGCGAAGCUUUUAUGGACUAACGCGUACUUCUUCAACGAGGAAGGUAGUGAAAUUUACUCUGUUGCACAGGAGCUCGAGGGCCAACAGGAGUUCUUUUAUGACCAGCUCAAACAGGCGCAGGCUGCGGUGGCCGAGCCCUCACAACCAAAGAUCAAGCUUAAGGUUGGUGGAUCUAAUGAUACACCUACUCCAGGGCCCAAAAAGAUCACCAUUCAUGUUGGGGGUCAACGGGAUUCCGCAGAUUCGCCAGCGCCAGCUCAGCAAAAGGAGGCGAUAACAAAUGGACUUAACGUCAACGGCGCAGCGCGUACUUCAACGCCUGCCCAAGUUACCAACCCUCAAUUGGAAAAGGUUACAAGUGCCUCGGUGUCUGCCCUCCCGUCGCCAACUCCUUCUACACAGGCAGCUCCCAGUACAGAAGAAGCUGCCAAAGCAACGCCAGCUCCUUUGAUACGGACCCUCAGUGGUGUGGCGACUCAAGGUACCCCCGGGGUUCCCAUAGUUGCUCCUAUAGCUCCUCCGGCUCCAGUCCCUGUUGCGCCGCCUCAGCCGAUUCACAACCCCCUAAUCAAUGGAUACAUGGAGCAGAAGCAUCCUCGUCGUGCCGGCAAAGGCAUUGACGAUGCUCUUAUCGAGACCAUGAAAAUACAGGUCCACCCAAGCCUUCAGUCACAUAGUCCCGUACUGGCAACCAUUAAACCCAAUCCCCUGGAGAUGGAUCAAGCCGCCACUCUUAACCUACCCUCUCAUCUCACACGUAUCCUUGUUGUCACCGCCAUACCCAGCCAUCUACAAAACAGGCAAUACAGCCUAUGGACGCUAGUUAACAGACAGCCCCUCAAGCCUAUCCUUCACCAAGCAUCUGGUCAAAAACCCCACGAGCGCGCUUUCGAAGCCAUGCUUCAUCCAGGGGUCAAUCUCCUCGAGUCACAUCUCAUCGCCGCCAUCCCGCGAGAUGAGCGCGUACCAGGAGGUCCAGAGGUUGAGCUAGAAACGUUCACCAUCUCAGUCAACGUGCUGCGGAACUAG